UUUCUUUGUUAGGAAGAUUGCAUGUUUCAGUCUGUGCUUUUUAAUGUACAUUGGGCGGACAAGUAACAACUCCAUGUAAUAAAUUCAAGGACUUUGAUGCAUUGCUACAAAUUAACGAGUGGGGCUUCUAUUAACGCUGCAUCUUCUCAGUGAAUUGUAUAAGUGUAUCAUCAAAACGAUCAGAACUCCCUCUGUGGAGCACGUCAGAAUGAAGAAUAAUUCAGAAGAAUAUGAUUUUGAAUAUUCAAGUUCCACAGAAUAUUUCUAUGAUAACAUCACAACUUUUGAACCUGUAACCAUAUGUAAUCACGAAAGACUGCAUAUGUUUGUUUCAUCUUAUGUACCAACUGUUCACUUGAUCUUAUUCUGUUUGAGCUUGAUUGGAAAUACUGUAAUUCUCGUAAUUUUGGCAAAGUGGGAAAAGCUUAACUCAGUCACAAAUAUCUUCAUCCUGAACUUGGUUAUUUCAGAUUUAAUAUUUACUGUUACAUUCCCAUUCACAACAGUUGCUCUUAUAUCCCACUGGGUUUUUGGAGAAAUAAUGUGCAAAAUGGUAACCGCUUUUUUUUUUACCGGUUUCCAAAGUUUUGUCAUAUUUAUCACUUUAAUGACAAUAGACCAGUAUUUAAUAAUCGUUCAUUCUUGGUCAUCUACAUCAAGUCAAAAAGUUAGAUAUGCACAAAUGAUAAGUGUCUUUGCUUGGGUCACCAGCAUUAUUUUUUCUGUACCUGAUAUUAUUAUAUACACAUCAAUUGAUGAAUCCUUGGAUUUACCAGACUGUUCAGUAUCUUCUCAUGGUCUUGCCAAAUGGUUAACAGUAGGGCAUUAUAAACAUUUUGUUUUGUUUUUUCUUUUACCUCUGUUAAUUGUAAUUGUUUGUUACUUUGGAAUAGCAGUAAAAAUUAUUACAAGCAAUAUAAGAAGAAGAGACAGGGUUCUAAAACUAAUAUUUUUUAUUGUUUUAUUUUUCUUUGUUUGUUGGUCACCAUAUAAUAUAAUUAUGUUCUUGAUGUUUAUGGAACACACUGAAUCAUUCAAUGAUUGCAACAGUUUACUGCAUUAUAUGUUUUAUGUAAGUCAAACCAUUCUCUAUUUGCAUUGCUGCAUAAAUCCUUUUUUAUAUGCCAUUUUUGGAACAAAAUUCAGAAGGCAUAUAAUAUGUUCAUGUAGAAGGAAUUGUGAACAAAGACAGACAUCCCAACAACAAGAUAUAAGCCUUCGAACAAGCUUCGUUCCUGGAUUUUGAGCUACAUAUAUUGGGAAGAAAAACCAUAUGGCAUAUAUGUUUCAGAUAACUGAUUGCAUGUUUCAUAGUCACAGAUUUUAUUUUUUGUAUUUUGUCAAAAAAUAUACCUUUCCAUUUUCAAAAUUCUGUUUUUCUUCUUAAGCAAACUUUACAUGUACAUGUUAGGAACUCAAAUGCAUAUUCAAGUGUAUAAUUAAUGUAUGUUUCUCAAUAACAUUUGGUCUGUUACCCUAGCUAGUGGACAUGUGACUGUGAAACAAUUUCAAUCUAAAUAUGGUGCUACUGAAAGGUUAUAUUUCCACAAUAGUUGAAACUUUAAAUUCUUAUAUGAUAUUACUCUGUAUGGAUGCAAUAUUCAGUGUAAUUAUUAGAAGUUUCGUUUAAAAGGAUCAUUACAUUAUAUAGCCUUUUUUUGCAUGUACUGUAAAUAUUAUCAGAAAUCUAUUUUGUAUAGUAUCUUUAAUGGAUAUAUCA